UUCCCAACAACUUGUUCCUAAAAAAUUUGUUUUAAUAUCAAACUAUAUAUAUAUACAACACCUUUGUAUCAUCUCUUUCACUGUCCAGGCAAUCUUCUAUAUUUCCAUCUCUAAAACAUACAGACAUACCUAACCCUCACACCACUUAUGGAAACACUGCCUUUCUUCUUUACUCUAGCAGCUUCUGUCUCUGCUUAUCUCUUUUGGUUCUAUCUUUUAGCUCGUAAACUUACUGGCCCUAGAGUAUGGCCUCUAGUAGGAAGCCUCCCUGUUCUUUUCAAGAACAGGAGACAAAUCCAUGAUUGGAUUGCUGGCAACCUCCGUGCAACUGGUGGCGCGUCAACUUAUCAAACGUGCACUAUUGCUCUUCCUUUCUUGGCUCGCCGGCAAGGAUUUUAUACAGUCACUUGCCAUCCGAAGAACUUGGAACAUAUUCUUCGAACCCGGUUUGAAAACUAUCCUAAAGGUCCUCACUGGCAGAAAGCAUUUCAUGAUCUUUUAGGUCAGGGAAUCUUCAACAGUGAUGGAGAAACGUGGCUAAUACAGCGUAAAACUGCUGCUCUGGAGUUCACGACUAGAACUUUAAGGCAAGCCAUGGCUCGGUGGGUGAACCGGACAAUCAAGAAUCGGUUGUGGAGCAUCUUAGAUAAAUCAGCUAAAGAGAAAAUCUCAGUUGACUUGCAAGAUUUGCUGCUUCGGUUAACCUUUGAUAAUAUAUGCGGACUAACCUUUGGAAAAGAUCCUCAAACACUUGCUCAAGAAAUGCCUGAAAACCCUUUUGCUAUUGCCUUUGAUACAGCUACUGAAGCUACUCUUCAAAGGCUUCUUUACCCAGGUUUCCUAUGGAGAUUUGAGAAGAUUUUUAGCAUUGGAGCAGAGAAGAGGCUGCAGAAAAGCCUCAAAGUGGUUGAAAACUACAUGGAUGAUGCUAUAGCAGCACGCAAAGAGAAUCCAUCAGAUGACUUGCUAUCUCGAUUCAUGAAGAAAAGAGACGUAGAUGGCAACCCUUUUCCAAUCGCAGUUCUCCAGAGAAUCGCUCUGAAUUUUGUUCUUGCUGGCCGCGACACAUCUUCCGUUGCUCUUAGCUGGUUCUUUUGGCUAGUCAUGAACAACCCUCAAGUUGAAGCGAAAAUUGUCAAGGAAAUAUCAAAUGUGCUUAAAGAAACACGCGGCGAUAACUGUCAGAAAUGGAUUGAGGAGCCCUUAGAUUUUGAUGAAGCGGAUAAACUGGUGUAUCUUAAAGCAGCAUUAGCUGAAACCUUGCGUUUAUACCCGUCAGUGCCUCAAGAUUUCAAAUAUGUUGUAGCAGAUGAUGUUCUGCCUGAUGGGACGUUCGUACCGGCAGGUUCAACUGUUACAUAUUCUAUAUAUUCCGUUGGAAGAAUGAAGAGCAUUUGGGGAGAGGAUUGCGUGGAAUUCAAGCCGGAGAGAUGGCUGUCGCCGGAAGAAAACCGAUUCGAACCACCUAAAGAUGGCUAUAAGUUCGUAGCUUUUAAUGCUGGACCAAGAACUUGUUUAGGUAAGGACUUGGCUUACCUCCAGAUGAAGUCUGUUGCUUCAGCUGUACUUCUCCGUUACCGGUUAUCUCUGGUUCCCGGCCACCGUGUGGAACAGAAGAUGUCUCUUACAUUGUUCAUGAAGAAUGGCCUUCGUGUAUUCUUGCAUCCUCGUAUUCUUGCUUAGGAGGGGGGCUGUUUUGUGGGCCUCUCUCUCUCUCUUUCUCAACUGUGCAUUACUAUCUUCUUGGCUUUACAUGGAGGGAGGGGUAAUAUAGUCAUCCAGUCAUACACAUAUUCUUCUCCCUGUUAAUCUUGGAGGGUAUAUAAGUCAUUUAAAUCAUUUUGCUUUUCCAAUGUUCAUUACAUUUGUUGUCUGUUGUUUCGAGUCAAUUAUUGUCUUUAAUGUGAUAUGGGUUUUCAUAUGAUUAUGUCAAUAAAUAUACACUUUAUACUCUUUA